AUGUUGGCGCCGGAUCCAACAAACAACAACAUGUGUGUCCCCGCCAUUGGCUACAAGUCUGCAGCAUCCUCCGCAGACGCGAACGCAAAACGCCCUGCAGUCCAAAACCAGCUUCCGACCGGAGACUUCGUGCUCAUCCAUGUGGACCUGGUUGACGAUAAGGCCCCGGCGAUAUUCGGAAAGCUGGCAAGUGAGUACAGCUCAUAUGCCCUUCGCUCAAUCAUCUCCACUGUCGUCGAAGCCAAGGCCAUCGACGUCGUCAUGCGCGUUGACAAGAGCAUGAUGACGAGUUUGGACUGGUGGCAAGGUCUGUUUGCUUUGAGACAUAGUCCUAGCAUCGCAUGGCAUAAGACCGACCUCGACAAAGGCCAAGGCUCGGCCUUUUGGUGUAUCUCCGAGAUACAAGUACCGGACGAUGAGAAGACGCUGUGGCGCACGGCGGAUAGCGUUGCUCAUGGCCUUCUAACCGCCGACGUCAAGCUUCCUCUUCCACCCUGGCUUGUCGGGUCAGAAGAGCACGAGAGUUUCUCAAAGACCCAGGUUCAACCAUUCGGCGAGCAGGUUAUGCCGCGUUUCGUGGACCGUGUCGGGUUCGAAACUCCUUGUUUUCCUAUGCUUGGCAUUGAGCUUCAAUGGGUCCCAAGUCUCCUACGUGAGCGAGAUGUGCAGAGAACGAUGCUUCUCAAGACCAUCCCCCCCGUCUCCACCCACACGGCAACCUUCCAUCGCAUUGGGUCCACUCAAGUCUUCAUAAUCCAGCUACGACUCAGCAGACUUUCAAAUGAGACAACCAAACCGGCAGAAGUAUGCCGCCUCCAACUCAAGCGUCCAAACUCGGAGACGAAAUACGAAGCUUUCGUUGUGGCAGACAUCCCCCAGGCUUGGGGCCUUGCCCUGAUGUCAAUCACGCCGGACACUCUGGCAGUAUCUUCAAUUGAACCUGAGAAGGUUCAAGUCACCCUCGAGGAUCCGGAAUGGCUGGUCGACAAUCUCGCUUCGGGUGUGGCCGCAGCCACGCUGCUCAUGGAUGCUGGAUCAAAGCAGACCUCUCGUAUUUGA